AUGUGCGGAAAAGAAUGGCUGUAUGGGUUUUUACGCCGUAAUCCUCAAAUUUCUUUAAGACGACCCGAGGCAACUAGUUUAAACAGAGUGCUUGCGUUCAAUCGCACUGCUGUAAAUUUAUUUUAUGACAACCUGGAGCAAGUUAUGGAAAAACAUCAUUUCCUUCCAAAUAGGAUUUUCAAUGUAGACGAAACAGGUAUAACUACGGUGCAUAAACCCUCUCGUGUACUUGCACAGAAAGGCCGUAAGCAAGUCGGAGCGAUCACAAGUGGAGAGCGUGGACAAACCACUACAGUGGUUUGUUGCAUGAGUGCCUCAGGUGCUUAUGUGCCUCCCUUAUUCAUUUUCAAACGAGAAAGGAUGAAGGAAGGGCUUGACAGAAACGGACCAGUUGGAUCCAUAUAUCGGUGUUCCAGUUCCGGUUGGAUCACUGAAGAUUUGUUUUUGGAAUGGUUGCAGCAUUUUGCGGUAUUCACGAAAGUUUCAAAGGAGGAUCCAGUUUUACUGAUUUUAGACAAUCAUUGUACACAUUCCGGUUUAAAAUCUUACAAUUUUUGUCGUGAAAACGGCAUUGUGAUCGUUUCAUUGCCACCUCACACAUCGCAUCGACUUCAACCCCUCGAUGUAACAUUUUUUAGUUCGUUGAAAGGAGCAUACAGUCAAGAAUGCGACCAAUACAUGAAAUCCAACCAUUUUGUUCAGAAUGUUGUGACAAAGAUUGCAGAAUUAUUCGCCAAAGCUUAUAACCGAAUAACUACAACUGAAAAGGGAAUAAAAGGAUUUGAGGUUACAGGAAUCUUUCCCCUCAACAGGAAUAUCUUUGGCGAAGAGGAGUUUGUGAAUACUGCCCCAGAAAAUGAAACGCUUCCUCAAAACGAUGAUCAUGGUCCUAUGCAAGAACCCAUGGCACCCAUUAGCCCGGAAAAUGAAACUGUUCCUGAAGAUUUAAACGAUGAUCGUGAUUUGAUUCAAGAACCUAUCCCCGGUCCCAGUGGCAUUCAAAGAAAGAAAACGCGGAAGCGGAUUCCAUCGAAAUAUUCUCGAGCAGCGCGGCACUCUUCAUCCUCAAGUGACGACUCUGAUUCACAGCUUACUACAGUUUUCGAUCCGGAGGCAACUGAUGAUGAAGACCAGUCCAUACGGUUCAACAAGUCACUUGAAGAAAUUUAUGAAAUUCCUAAACCGAAAGCAUUGAGGAGCACAUCGGUUAAGAGGAAAGUGGAUUUGGAUGGUCCAGCCAAAACCAAGAAGAUAAAACUUACACAUUCUAAACUCGAGCCUGAAUUGGAGAAGAAAACUGACGAUGUUUGUCCAGUUUGUGGCGAUUUUGGAAUAUCCGAAACAUGGUGGAGAUGUCGUGGAUGCGCUGUAUGGUCGCACUCAGCAUGCACAGAAUUUGACCGACCAGAAGAUUUCAAAAAGUGCGUCAAAUGUGAUGGGAAAAGCGAAUAA